AUGUUUGCCUGUUCUUGUCUUGUCUAUCGUGUUGUGAAUAAACGCAUGUGUGCACUUUUGCUCAAGCGAAUUGGUAUGCUGUUGCCAGCUAUCGUGCAAGAAGAAGCAAGGGAGCCCAGAGCAACUAGGCCGAAAACUAGUGUAUCUGAGGAAUACGCAACCAUCCACAGAGGUACUACAAAACUUGAGGCGAAAUCUGUUUUUGACGCCUAUGUCGGCAUGGGCACAUGCAUGGAAAAAAGCAGAAACUUCCAAUAUUCGGGCAAACUUAAGCUACUGGAAAACUAUCCUCGGAAUUCUGCUGCGGAUUGA